UUGUACGUAUUUUGUAUUAUUGAAAACAUUAUUCAAGAAAUUGCUUGCAUGAGGGGUGAACGUAUAUAGGCCUAAAGGUCUCUUUGAUCUUAGAAAAUUAUCUCUCAGGUGAGGAAAAGUGUGGAACUGUUGUUAGUGCGAAGUGUUUGCAAGCGUUUGUUGUCGACACAAAGAGAUUUGACCCAUGGGAUCUAAUGUUUACCAGUAUAAACUGAACGUGUAAAAGCUUCAGGUAACAUAACUACUUUACAGUCACUUGGGAACGCUCGUGCUCCGGAGACGCAACACAAAGCGUCAACACUGGGUUACUAUGAGAUAUAUUCGGUGUAAAUGCUGAUCAUUAAUAUUUUAUAUUCUUUACUACGUUUACUGAUACUGGUAUUUUUUAAAGAAAUUGAUUAUAUUUCCAGUUUGGGAUAUUGUACAGUAGGGAUGUAACGCAGAUAUUCUGAAGCUCUACAACAAAUAUUAUCGCCGGUUUGUGAAUGAAGUGAUCAUUAACGAGAAAGCUGUUUCUACUAACCUACGCUGAUGACCAAGGCCAAACACGACUUUGUUUGCUUUCAAGAUGGCGCAUAUUUAUGAGAGAGUGGUAAAUCUAAUUUCGAAGCCCCCUGAGAAGCGGCACGACCGGGAUAUCGAUCUUCUUAUAUCGUGGUUUCAGAACAUGAGCGGACUUUUCAAGGCACAGAAAACUGAUGUCGUCAAAGAUAUUGUGAGAAAUUGCAAGUUUUUAUCUUUACCAGAAGAUUCAGUCAUCAUCAAACAAGGCGACCAAGGAGAUAGCUUCUACAUCAUCUUGUCAGGUUUGGUUUCAAUCUACAUCAAUCAACAAUUAGAAGAACAAGGAAAUUUGACCAAAUCAACUCCAGUACGUCAACGAAAGAAGCGCUUGGACAAUGAAGCACGUCGGGUUGUCAGUGAAAAGAAAACAUUACUUAAUGAGAAUGAAAUAAAAAAUGGCGAUAGCGAUAGUAGGGUUGGAUCAAAAGACACUUCAGACAAUGAUUCACAACAAAUGUGCGAUUCUGGUGUUUCAGAAAUGUCAUUUGAUGACGCCAUGUUGUCAGACGACAGUUCUGUGGACUACUCUGAUUCGGAGAGCUCCCACUUUAAUUACAGAAAGAACGCUGAAAAAUUAGAUCGGAAACAAUUUGGUGUUCACAUAAGGGAACUCGGCAUUGGAAAAAGUUUUGGCGAGUUGGCGCUGGUACAAGCAGAUAAUGUCAGGAGUGCGUCUAUUAUAUCCGAUCUGCCGACUGAUCUUAUAAUGGUUAACAGAGACUUGUAUAAUCGUUGUUUAAAAACCGCGCAAGAGAUGCAGUUUAAAGAGAAAAAGGAGUUUGUUGGGACGUGUUCCCUAUUUAGUAACUGGACACCUCGUCAGCGAAAAAUUAUGGCAAUGAGUUUUACAAAAACGCGUUACGAUUAUGAUAAUACAAUAGUGAAGCAGGGCGAGCCAGUUCGAGGUAUAUUUUUCAUUCUGAAUGGAAAUGUUAAACAUUCUGUGGAUCCUUUACAUCACGUCAAACAGUAUCCAAGUUACAGUUCCAAUGAAGAUCAGGCGGUGACACACGCCCUCAGGCGCGGAAAGGUACCGCAUGAUCGGAAACCAGCCGACGUUAAUAACAACAAUCAACGAAUGGCUGGACCAAGCUUUGCUCGUCGGCGGAAUGGCUAUGCAGAGGCAGAAAAACUAGCGACUCGAAAAUUUGUGGAUAUCUGUACGGUUGGCCCAAGCGAAUCUAUUGGAGACCUCGAAGUGAUCCUACGACUUCCAACCUACUUGCAAACUGUCACGUGCCUGGGUCCGGUCGAAGUAUUUGAGUUGGACUUAAAUAAUUUCGAGAGGCAAAUCGUAAAACGAAGUCCCAAGACUUUCGUCAAUAUGAGAGCACUUGCCCAGGUUAAACUGAAUUCCCGUAUGCAGCGACUACACAAUCAACAAGUUUAUACGCCAGUGAUGAAGAAAAUGUUGGAAAAGAUGGAAGAAAUCAGUAUUGCGUCACAAAAGAAAAUCCCACGACAAAAGGCUGAAGAUGACAGUGUUCUUUUUAACCAAGGCUGGUACAAAUACCGCCUAAGACAACGUCAGUUCUUGCGCAGACGAGAAAGAGAGCGCCAGCUAUUUGAAUUGAAGAGAAUGCAGAUGCAGCACACAAAAUUUGAAUGGCAGCAGCGUAUGAAUUCUACGCAACAGCAGAAUCUUUAUCAGCAACCUGCUGCCAGAGUUCAGGAUUUAACGCUUGGACUUCGUGCUAGAAGCUUUUCAGACGGUGCCACUCGUGACAUUACUCCAGUACCAAUGCUACCAGAUGUACCACAAACACCAGUACUGUCUUCAAAACCGAUUGUAAUAGACUCAGUUUCGAGCUCAGAACUGAGCUCAGAUAGUGGAAUAGCACUCACAGAAACCCAGAUUAAUUCUAAGCCCAGGUCGACAUCAAUUUCCCAUGUCCAAACUGUACUCCCGAAAUUGGAAACGAGGCCGAGAACGGCAAAUGAAGUUUAACACACAUUUAACACCAAGAUGAAAUGUUUUGUUACAACCAUCAAAAUAUACAAAUAAUUUACUCUGCACAAACUAAAUCGUCCUGUACAUUACCCCGAGAAGAUUGAGACUAUGGUUAUUCAAAUAAUAAUUGCUACUGCAUUACCAUGGACCUAUUAUAAUUAAUACGGUAGAUUAAUGGACCUAUUAUUAAUGGGUCCAUGCCUUUUUGAUUUCUGUAUGAGAAACAUAUUUAAAGUUUACUGCGUUUAAAAAUAACUGACGUCAAUUUAAAACUAUAAGCUUUACAUAAUCUAAAAUUAGACUUGCUUAUCCCACUGUAUAGGCUUCCAACAUUAGGUUAAAUUCUCUCACAUUUUCUUACAUUAUGUUUCCCAUAUUGCAUUCCACGCCUAAUAAUAAUAAUAAUGUGUAUGCUUUCAUAACCAUACACAUUAUGGUUUUGUAACUAUAAACUUUAAAAAAAUACUGAAAUGAGUGUAGUUAAUUAAAUUGUUAACAUUGUUAGUCUCCAGGUACGUAAAAUCAACUCUCUAUUGCUGCGUGAUAAACAUAAUCUACCAGUAUUAUAUUUUAUAUUAUCAGGAAAGAAAAUAAUACAAAAUUGUAUGGUGAAAGUAAUAUAAUGUAAAUAAUGUAUUAUAUUAUGCAUAUAUUAUAAUCUACCUUCGUACAAAACCAUUCCAAGUUGUUUUCUUUUAUUUGUAAAUACAGUUUUUAUUUAAACCAAUUUAUUUUAAGGAAGCCAAAAAUUGCUUCGAUCAAUAGUUGUUUAAUGUUGAAUAAAUACAAUUACUGAUGAACAGUGAAAUGAAAUAAACAAUGAAUUAAAGCCGAAUGCAUUUAU